UCGAGUCGAUGCUGUGACUCACUCACAUGAGAGAGAUGCAUUCACCUCAGCGGCGUACACGCGCUCACAUCUCUCUCCCUAUCACUGGAAUUAAACAUUGUCUUGGAUAAAAAAAGUUCGCCAAUAAGAAGAAUAUUUAGCAGUUGAACGAUGGCGUUUAUGGUGAAACACGUGGUGGGCGGUCAGUUGAAGAAUCUGACAGGAGGUCUGACAGAAGAGAAACCCGACGGAGAGAAAUCUGAGGCGGCAGCUAAAGGAAUGACUGAAGAAGAGUUUGAACAAUAUCAACAACAACUAGAGGAGGAGAAGCAAGAGCGAGAUGCCAAUUUUGCCCAGCGGAAAGCUGAGAGAGCCACGCUCAGAACUCACUUCAGAGACAAAUACAGAUUACCAAAGAACGAGACGGAUGACACGCAGAUUCAGGCUGCACAGGAUGACGUUGAGCUUCCCACUGAGCUGGCCAAGAUGAUCGCUCAAGAUAAUCAGGAGGAAGAGCACAAGCAGUCUGUCCUGGGACAUCUGACCAACAUUCAGAACGUGGACGUGGGUCAUCUGAAGGGUAAAGCUCAGGCCACACUCGAGGACCUGAAGAACUCCGCUGAGAAGUGUUCACUCAUGUGAUGGUCUCUCUCUUUUCUUCAUCAUCAUCAUCGCUCGCUCGCCGCAUGUGUCAGUCAUCAAUAUUAAAUGUGACCUGUUUGUUUCAUGAUGUUUUUAGGAGUGAACACGUCUGGUGUGCCUGCUGUUUGAUAAAUGUGUUUAUUUAUCAUGAAGAAACUCUAUAUGCAGAUGAGACAUGGGGGGUUAUUGUCAUGAAUCACAUGUCACAUCACGUGAGUUCUGAUCGUCGCACAUAUGUUGUUUGAUUUCAUGUGUGAUGAUGAGCUGUUAGAGUUUAUUCAAGCAAUAGCGUGAGUUGAUGUUUCUGCACCUUUGACCCCGUGCCCUUUGACCUUUCAUUGUUUUGUGCAGAUGGUUCGGUGUGGUCUGUUAGUUUUUCCUCUUGUGGACCGAGCUUCACCAUCUCUGAGAGCACAAUCUGUGUGAAUUGUGUUUGCGUACACGAGCCGAGUCAGUAUCAAGUGUGACGCGCAACUUCAUACUUUUAUUUACAAAGGAAAUAACAUUGAGGCACUUUUGUGUGACUUGUGAUAGUCGUCUGGAUGAAGCCAUGCGGGAUUGUGGUUUUGUAAUAAAAGCUCCUUCCGUCUAGUGAUAUUCGCAAAUAAAUAAAGCAAUAUAACUGAUCCUGAUACAGGACAGAGCUGACAGCCAAUAAUAAUAAACGGGGAACAGAAGUCUGAACAGGGUCGAUGUUGAUCUCCCUUUAACUGUAUUUCACCUGAUAGAUGAUUAUUUAUGUAUGUACACCCGAUGUUAUGUAUUCCUGUAUUUAUUCUGCUGUCAUUUCUAGACCUUCAUGACUGUUGAAACUGUAAUAAAUAUAAAAUUUGUACUAAGA